UAAUUAAUGGCCUCUAUCCGAGAGCCUCGCUCUGAAGCGGAGAGUGCAGUGUGUCCGUGGAGAGGUAAAAGCCUGGCAGUAUUUUGGACAGGAAGAAAACAGAAUGGCUUUAAUGUAGGGGAGGCGGUGGCCGUUUCGCUUAGAGCGACUAUCAAUCACCUGGACUAUUGUGGUCCUGCGCAGUUUUCCAGCAGAAAGGAGAGAAAGGCGGAGGGAUGAGACGGGGAAGAAGAAGAGGAAAGAUGGCGACCGAGGGGCCUACGCACCCACCACCAACCCUAGUCCCGUUGCUCAUGAGCGUGGUGGCCGUCCUCAUCUCUCACCACAUCUUCAAUGCCGCCGCCCAGAUCCCAGACCCCGAGCUCCUGCCGACAGAGCCGCCGAAAAAGCCGGAUCCGGUCACCUCAGAAACUGUGGUGUUUUGGGGUUUGCGAUUAUGGCAGGUCGUAGGCAUUUUCUCCAUGUUCAUCCUAGCGAUUAUAAUUACACUGUGCUGCAUCUUCAAAUGCCGAAUUCCCCGAACAAAAAAAGAGAUAGAGGCUCGACAUGCACAAAGACUGGCAGCGAAAACAUACGCCAACACACUGGAGACAGUGCCGCCCCUCAAUGAGCUCACAGAGGUGCCAGGAGCGGCUAAGGUUGAGCAGAAGGAGGAGGUCCCGACCGUGGCAGGAAAGGUUGAUGCAGAGAAGGGUACAAAGAAGAAGGACAAAGAGGGCAAAAAAGAAGGCAAGGGUGCGAAAGAGGGGAAAGAAGAGAAGGUGGAGGAGAAAAGUGAAGCCACAAAGAAGAAGGGAGAAAAAGGAGAAAAGGGAGCAUCAAAGAAAGAAGCAUCAGAUGGAGGGAAAGGUAAAAAAGGGGGCGGAGACGAAAAAGACGGGAAAGCAGGUGGAGCCAAGGGCAGUGCCAAAAAACCUGCAAAAAAGUGAACAUUUAGUCACCUUAGAGGAAUAGUUCACCCUAAUA